UCCUGGAUAAAUUUUCCUAGGCUCGAACACAAAAACAAUCCAGUUGUUUUUUAUAUCACGCCUACGUUUACCACUAGAUAGAUAUUAUUGAUGUUUUAGUCUUAGCUUAAAUCCUAACGUGUUUGUAAGGGUUAUGUUUUAAUCAAAGUGAUUUUGACACUGUGAUGGCGGGCGAGCUAUAUUAUACAAGUGACCCAGUUUUUAUAGCUACUCAUUUUUUUGUGCAUUCAACAUAAAUAAUGCCAGCUGAUAUGAGCAGAUUCCUAGCACUUGUGCUGGUAGCUGCUGUGGUGAUCAAUGUGGUAAACCCUUCACAAGUUCUCACAUUCGUGACAGAACGGAUAGAUUGUCCACCAUACGAGGAAUCAAAAGACGUGGACUUCAUAUGUCCAGACAACCAUGCCCGUAAAACCUUAGUCUGGCGACACAACGGCUUUCAAAUAGCCUGGUGCAACUCAACAAAUUGCUCGUCUAACUACCAGGUGGUUCGCACAAAUAGGACCAGCGUUCUCUACCUUUCCAAUCUGGAUAGGAAGGCGCCAUCGUAUGAGGGGCUUUGGAGCUGCGGAUAUGUCAAUGCAUAUGAUUCAUCCUACCAGGAACUGUAUCACUGCAACUUAACCAUCUACCAUGCGCCGGAAAAGCUGAAGUGUGACACACCGGGGCUGACACGACAAGGGCGACAAGUCUUCGUGUUUGUCAACUGUUCAGCUUUCAACCUUUACCCUCAAGCCAAAUGUACUUUCUUCAGACGUGCUGAUUUGGGCGAUGAUGAGGAAUUACAAAGCUCAACCUACGUGACCCCUAUUGCCAAAAAUGACCCAGUAUACUACAACACAAACUGUGGUUUGCUGUACCCGAUCAGGGAGGAUCUAGUUGGUCAUUUGAUAUUUUACCUACAAUUGUCGUUUGAUUCUUACAGAUCAUACACCAGCAACAAAGUCAGCAUUGAAAUAGACGCGCCAAAAGCAAAGUUGUUGGAUAACUGUUUCUCUGUGAGAGAGGACAACGUUUUCUGGCCCAAUGAGACCAUCCACUGUACCUGUGAAAUUAGAGACAUUGAUAAUAGUACAAUGGAUGUCCAUUGGAUUGAAGUCAACUCACCUAGAACCAACCAUUAUAGCAGCACUCUGAACAUCAAUUACGAUGAUAAGGACAAGACGUUUAUGUGCAUAGGGACCAGCAGUUUAGGAAAAAUAUACAAUAUCACAUACACGCCGCUUUUUGCAUAUGCCGCUGAAGUGUUACAUUUCACCGCAAACGGAGAAAGAGACCUCAAUGUUGAGAACGCCACGGUUGUGGAGUUUAACUGUGAGGUGGACAGCAAACCACGUGGUACAGUUUACAUCACUGACAGCUCAGGUCAACGACUGGACGAUACAUCGAAACUUUUGACCUGCGAUGACACGGGGACCUACACAUGUCAAGCGUUCAAUGAGAUUUUCCCCAAUGACAUAUCAAGACAAUAUGUUCAUGUAACUGUUAAAUGCAAUCAUUGGCUAGGAUUGAUCAACACGGGCUCCAAAUCUCACCAAGUAUAUGCAGAUUCUGGCACCAAUUUCAGCAUCGAGUUUGAGCUGAGCAUGGGAAAUACAGAUAUCGCAAUGUAUACAGUUAUGAAAGAUGGUAUGCAGAAAAAAUUGAAGGCGCGUAAAGAUAAACCUUCGGCAAGUGGUCGCUACCUCAUUGAAUUCACACCCUUGAGCGAAACACAUUACAAAAUUACAUUGAAUAUUUUUGAUAUCCAGAGUUCAGAUUUUGGAUCGUAUACUUUUAAAAUUUGUGACGAAGACGACGAUGAAGUAGUUGAUGCAUUCGUGAUUAAAGAGAUAAAUGCUGAGGCAGAGUGGUAUUCUUAUUCGUAUCUAGCAAUGGCAAUCACAAUAGGGUUAAGCAUGAUUGUUUUAUGCUUGGUUUAUCUGAAAUGCACAAAACGAAAUCAUGCAAACAUAAGAGCUGACAAAGGCAUGAUGAGCAAUGGAAAAAACGUAUUUACAGAUAGCACCAAUUCGACGAUCACAAACCAGGAUAUACGAGAUAGACCUCAAACUCAACCACAAUCUUAUCCAGAAGCUCACGUUGUUAACUCCAGUUGCACUACAAUCUACGGUGAGGGCAUACGCUAAUUAAUAACCGACAGAGGAACAGCAUACUGAACCAAAAUGUUUUGUAUCCACGUAGUUUUUUACUUUCUCGUAUAUACGUAGUAUAGAGAAAGUAUUGUAAUCGUGAAAAAAAAAAUCGAGAUUUUUACAAAUCUCGACGUUUUACACCUCACUGAUACGGACAAACAUAAUUUUGCAAUCUUGUCCGUAUGUCUGUGUGUCUGUCCGUGUGUAAACACGAUAACUUGAGUACCGUUACAGCUAGGUUGAUGAAAUUUCAUAUAUAAGUAUUUAAUCAAAAUCGUAGAUCCGUAUCAACUUUUGAGCGAUUUCCGAUAACCGGAAGUGGUACUUUUCCUACUUUGAAUUUUUCAAAAGCCUAUAACUUGAGUACUAUUUCAGAUAGAUAAAUGAAAUUUCAUACGUAAGUAAAAGAUCUAAUUCUCUACCUUCUAAUAAAUUUUGAGUCAUUUCCGUUGACUGGAAAGAGGUACUUUACGCUACUUCCGAUUUCUAAAAAAACUAAUGUAAAUUUUAAAAGUAAUAAUAAUAUUGUGCACUAUUAUGCGCUUUUUUAUUUGGCGUUCACUUGGUGUGCAAUUAAUUUGUCUACGAGAUUUUAUUCUAUUUUUAAAACUUUAAGUAUUUAAAAUGGAUUAAAAAUCAUGUCUAUAGCCCGAGUUCCCAUCCCCUGUUAUUUUAUAUAAGAAUAUUCGAGAAAGUUUAGGGGAGAUCACUCCCGGUUUAUUUUUUUUGAAAGCUGUAAUUUGUGUCGUUUGUUUUACACAUAAUUCGACGAAUCUAAUAUUAAGUAAUCUUUGGCAUUGUACACGUAAAUUUUGGUUUGGUUUCAUUAAGGUCUUUAGGGCUAAUUAUAGUAUUUGUUUCUAGAACAUUUUUUAAAAUACAUUUUUAUAUCCAACGAAAAAUGUUAACACUUAUGCAUGUUCAUUAUUAAUAUUUGUAAAAAAAAUUAUGCUUCUAUAUUACAGCACACAUCUUUUUUAAAGUUACUGCUUUUAUUUUUAAAUAGUUUAUAUAUAAAAAUAAAUAGGUACAUUCAUUUUUAUUCCACACAAGAUUUUUUUGUUAACACCCGUGUGAAUACUAAUGAGACGGUCGACAAUGAGAACAACAGCUAAUUAAUGUAUGUGUCUUGUUGUGAUCAACACAUCAUGUUUGUUGGUAUUUUAUUUUUGUCCUUGUCGUUUUAUUCUUGUGGAUAUGAUUAACGAGCUAAUAAAUAAUAAAAUAUUUAAAGUUAUAUUGUGGUGGAAAGGUUAUUUCACCAUAAUAUUUUCGUGUCGACAAACGAGAAACUAAAAUAGUUAAUUUAGUAAUCGAACGAACUUUUUAACUUUUUGGGUGGAAAAUAUAUUUGUGUAUAUGUUCUUUUCUGGGUUUAUACAAAUGUACAUAUUUUAUCGAAUGAAAUGUUACAUAUGUAUAUAUGUAUAGAACUUGUAUAUAUUCUUUGUUGUUUUGAGACAACAUUUUUAUACACAAAACAACAUUCUUCAUGUACCAUCAUAGACAUAUAAAACCUGGCGUCCCCAAUGAUUAAAGAAAUAGCACACAAUUUUUUUUGCUGUAUUGUAUUAAAAGAUUAUUCUUCCUCAUCUAUUUCUAUUGAGAAAAUAUUGAGGCAUAUUCAACACAAUCUUCUUUUAAGUCAGAUAUUGUUUGUCUUUUGAGUUCUUCGCCCAGAUCAAAUUUAAAGCGAUUUUUAUAAAGCAAUUAAGAUUGUUGGCUGACAGAGCGUAUGAAUUGCGACCAGUAAGUCUAGUGUUGGAUCCCGGAGUUACGGGUCAUCCAUAAAUGACGUCACGCUUUUUUGGACGAUUUUUACCCCCCCCCCCUCCGUCACACGUCGCCACAAAAAGCCAGACCCCCCCCCCCCUAAAAUGACAUCACACCUCAGCAUACAACCCCCCCCCCCUCAAAAUUGCUGUUGAAUUUUUCCAAAAUCUUGUCAGAACUCUGUCAACAUAGAAUAUUUUGAUCCAUUCCUUUUAAAAAUUAUUAAAACAGUUUUCUAAAACGCUUUCUAAAACUCAUUUUCUAACAUUGCUUAUUUAUAAUGCAAAAAAGUGACGUCACACCAACUGAACCCCCCCCCCCCCUACCCCUCAUCACACACCCUCACAAAUUACGGACCUCCCCCCUACGAGUGUCACGUCAUUUAUGGACGACCCCUUAGGAAAAUUUUACCAUAAUUUUUCAUUGUUCUGAUGGAUACCUUGUUUUAAAUAAAUCAAUGUGCGUGUGAAUAGAUCUGACAAGAUUACAAAAACAGAUGAACUCUACUAUAUCUGCCUCUAUCUAGUUUCAAAAACGUAACUCAUAAAAUUAUUAUUCUCCAUGUGUUUGUCUAUUAUAUGUUUAUAAACGAACAAAAUGUAAUUUGGAUAGGGACUUUUGCCCUUUUACGUGCUAUAUUUUUUCAAAUGAUAGUUUAUAUCCUUGUUUUAUUUGUCGUUUGAGUC